AUGUCUGCCCUCUCUGGGCCGCCCAGGGUUGCUCCUUAUGCCAUUGUCUUCGGGCCACACGCCAACUGCACCCUUGAGAUCUGCUCCCCCCAGUACUCCGUGUACGGCUACCGCCCCAGCUUAGCUGCCAACACCAGCUUCAUCGCACUGUUUGGCCUAGCCGGCUUCAUCCACCUUUAUCUCGGGUUCCGAUGGCGGACUUGGUGGUUUGCUGGUUGCAUGCUGGUGGGCUGCGUCAGCGCAAUAUUGGGCUAUGUCGGGCGGGUUAUGAUGUACUAUAACCCGUUCGAUUUCGUUGCCUUUAUGCUACAAAUCAUCUGCGUAACCACCACGCCCCUUUAUUUCUGUGCAGCUAUAUAUGUCACCCUGUCGGCUACCAUUAUCGAGCUAUCCCCUAGCUUGUCGCGUUUCCCACCCAAGUUAUUUUACUGGAUCUUUGUCCCCUGCGAUUUGAUCUCUCUGGUCAUCCAAGCUGCUGGCGGUGGGCUCAGUACCAAAAGCAAGGGUGAGAGCCAGGUCGGCGUCAAUCUGGCCCUGGCAGGGCUCGCAUUUCAGGUCCUCACUAUCUGCACCUUCUGCGGGUUUUUCUUUGACUACCUCUACCGCUAUUUUCGCUCCAACCAGCUUGCCAAGCAUUCCCUCAGCCGCCGUAUCGAGGUGUUUCUCAGUACCCUCUUUUUAGCAAUCGUGCUGAUCACUGUGCGUUGUGCAUUCCGUGUCGCUGAGCUGCACGAGGGGUAUAGCGGUGGACUGGUGAGCGACGAAGCGCUUUUCAUCGGUCUCGAAGGAGUGUCAGUAUUGCGCUUUCCGUCUUAUCAAUUCUUCACCUCAUAUUUCUUAAAAGUGCAUCGCUAA